AUUGCUCAUCUCUAGCGGGUAGUCAUAGUUCUUUUGUACGCGCCCUUAAAAUUACGUUUAGCAGCUAACAGGGCAUACUAGACUAAAAUUAAUUAACUGGACCAAGUUAGAAUGGGCGAUAACCAAAUAUGUGACAUUAGCGAGGAAGUGCUGGAGGAGUUGAAGAAAUUUCGCUUUAGCAAAAGCAAAACAAACUCUGCCUUAAUAUUAAAAAUCGAUAGAGAGAAGCAAACAGUUGUGCUGGACGAGUUUAUAGAUGAUAUAUCUGUGGAAGAACUGCAAGAUACACUGCCAGGGCAUCAGCCACGCUAUGUGAUCUAUACAUAUAAAAUGAUCCAUGACGAUCAACGCAUAUCGUAUCCCAUGUGUUUUAUAUUCUACACACCACGAGAUAGUCAGAUCGAGUUGCAAAUGAUGUAUGCAUGCACGAAGAGUGCGCUGCAACGUGAAGUGGACUUGACGCGGGUCUACGAGAUACGAGAGCUGGACGAAUUAACAGAGGAAUGGCUCAAGGGAAAACUGAAAUAGACUUGGCCACAUCUGCCAAGAAUAUUUAAAGCAAUAUUUUAUAAUAGCAUGCCAGUUUUUUUAACACACAUCGUAAACGAGGAGCAACACAAAUCUAUGACAAUGCACGCCAAAUACCAACGACAACGUUAUACCAAACAAAGCAAUUGAAAUGACAAUUUUUGCUAUUACACAAUAACUAAUAUACAAUAACAAGCAAAACGAUUUAUACAAACAUACAUAAAUGCAAUAUGUAAGAACUUUUCCAUUAUACAAUGCCGAAUCAAAUACCUUGUACGAAAAGUAUUAUGAAAAAACAAGUAGCAUGUAUAGAGACAUUUUUUGUAGUGAUUUUAGAACUUUGUAUUUAAGCAAAGAACAUAAAUGGAUUUUGAUUUAGGAAUACAUCAUGCAUAUAUGUGUUUUUGCAUGCGUCCUUUUAUAUAUGAGAAUAAUAGAAGCUGUGCUUGCCAAAUUCAUGUU